AUGGCAUUCGCGCAAUUCUCCCAACUCCCCCCCGAGCUCCGCCACUACAUCUGGCACCUCACCCUCCCCGACCAAGUCCGGCCAGGAGUGCUAUUUCCGUACAACGAAGGUGAGUUUAGCCAUGACGAUUACCUUUCCGCGCGCAUGGACCCAGUAAGCACACCACUACCCCAUCUGCUGGUCAACAAGGAGGCAAAUGGCACGGCACGCUCGUGGGCGCGCAAACUCGGCCUCAAGAUCCACUUCCGCCCAGACAUCGGGACCGGGUCGCACGUCGUCACUCACCACUUCGACCUGGACCAUGACACUCUAUACCUCCACGCGACACAACUCGCCCGCUUUUGCACCGACCCGCUCGACCGACGAGUGGGACUGCCCAGAAAGCGGAUGAUUAUCCGUGACAACGGGGAGGGCCACCCCCGCAUCGCCAUAUCCAGCAUGUCGCUUCACUUGGAGCCCCGCGCGCUGGAGAGGGUCUGGUGGUGCUUCCCGCGGCUGGAGCGGGUCUACAUCGUUCUCAAUCCGCCGGAUCUGAAAUCUGCGGAGGAUGGAUGGGAGAUUCUGCCGAUCCUCUAUGGCCGGGUGGAGGAGGCGGCCAGGAAGCUUACCGGCUCGUUGGUCGCUGCGGAGGUCCAGCGGUUUGAGAUUCGACCUGUCUCGGUCGCCAAGCGGCGAAAGGGGUUGUCGGAGGUUGCAAGGUAA